AUGCGGCAACACACGGACGGUUUUGCCUUCAGGUAAGGCUAACAAGUUGUAGCAUGUACUCUGUAGAUGUAGCAAAUGUGGGACUAAAAGGGCCCUCAGAACAGCCUCAGUGUUUGAACGAAGCCACCUAACAUUACCAAAGGCAAUAAAGGCAGCCCUCACUAUUCUGGAAGGAUCUCAACUUACUUGCAGCAUUGUCAUUGCUAUAAUUCAACCCGCGAAAGCUGUUCACAGUCUUGCCCGAGGCGACAGCCACAGCGUGAAUCCUAACUCAUGA